GCUUCCGGAGGUGAUGAGCCGGAGGGACGAAGGGCCGGCGUUCGUCGUCUAGGCAAGGGGUCGCGGGGCGCCUGUUGCUCCUCCACGGGGCCCGAGUACAUCGUCUGCCGCCCCCGUGAGGAGUAGGGAGGCUCUCGUCUCGCUGAGGGAAGGGCAGGUUCUGGCUCCUGAGGAAGGUGGGAGUCAAUCACUUUGACAAGUCUCCUGAAAGGAACAGCCAGCUCGAGUUGACACCUUUUCCAUUUGGUCUCGUGGCAAAGGCAGAGAGUGCUCCAGCAGCUCCGCACAAUAUGACGUGCUCACUAUUGUCCUCUGAACAGUCUUCUGGUACCUCUUUUUUGCCUAAAAACAAUGCCUCCUUUUCUUGGGGUUCCCUGGAUGAAGAUGAAUUGGAUGACUCCUUGUUGGAGUUUUGUGAUGGAGAAGAAGAUGAUGGCCAUUUCAGUUUCACAGAAGAAGAGAUAGAGAUGCUCUUGAAGGACGACGACGAUGGGCAUGAUGAGCAUGGGGAGAGAAAGAGUCGGAUUCUACCUGGCACUCCUCAAGAGAACUCUUUGUACAGCUUGGGACCAGCAGCUGAGACCCCUGGCUUCUUCAAACUACCUCAACUAAGUACAUCAGUUGGCCAUGGGCCAGCUCCUAGUAAAUCAUUAAGCAGACACUUUGUACUCGAAAAGAAUCUUAUCAAAGUAACUGUUGUUGCACCAUUUAAUCCAACAGUUUGUGAUCCUGUGCUUGAUAAAGACAAGAUCGAUUCCUCCAAAGAAACGGAAAAACCUGCCUCCCUUGGGGAACAGAUGAGAGAAGAUACUCCUCCUCCCAAUGAGAGUAAACGUUGCACUGAGGCUGAAGGGGUCAGUCCCAGUAACUCUACUUGGGAUGGGUCCCUGCUUGCUUCUCCUUCAAACAGUAACAUCGAACAAACUGCCUCUGAUAACAAUAUACCUGAAACUAAGAAACCUACUCCUGUAUUCUCUCAGAUGGCCAGCCAUUCAGAGGUACCCAACAGGGCAUCAUCCUGGAAAAAUAGUGGAUCACAGAAAUCAGGUUGUGAAGUGAGAAUUCCAGUUGUGUCCAGUUCGUCAAAUAGACAUGCUUUUGACAAGGAUUCUGGGGAGGUGAAAGGUGAGAGAAGACUAGGCAAAGUCAUUCCUGUUCUACAAACCAGAACCAGGAUGUUUUCACAAGCAGAUCUAGAAAAACAGAAGGACAUUUAUCUCAGCAAAGUCAUUGCUCAUAUAGAAGACCCAGGGGACUCUAGCCAAGGUACCUUGGGAGAGCUCGAUGCCCUGAUGGAUCAAGUUCAUAUGCAGAACCCAGACUGGCAGCACCCUUCAGACCUCACUACCCGAAACUACGCCCGGUUCCGACAGAGACCUCUUCAAAGAUACAGCCUGAGUCAGUGGGUUGACAGGAACAAGCGAAGCCACCAUCGCUUCCAGCGCCUCCCAGACUUCUCAUACAGUCCAUGUGUUUCAUCCCAUCAACAGUGACAGUCCCUAUCCAGGGCCCUGUCCAUAACAGUAUCUUAUUUUCCUCUGCUAUUUUUUUGUAUAUUUUGAGUUUUAUUUUUCACAAGGUUUUUAUUUAAAGAAUUUGUCACCUUUUGAAAAUGCCCAUUACUUUCUUGAAUUUUUUUUAAAAAAUGGGGA